AUGAAGUCCUUUUCCCUUGUGGGCUCUGUGGCCCUGUUGUCAUCCUUCUCUUGGGCUCUGCCAACUGAAAGCCCGGCCGCCUCGCUUCAAGAGAGGCAGAGCGGUUCAUCAUGGUUUUUGCCAAACAUUGACCACACCACGGGAGCCGUCAGAGGCUAUGUUCCCAACCUGUUUUCCAGCAAUGGUGCUCAGGACUAUAACUACCCCGUCUACAAGACGGUGAACUCUGGCGAUGCUACCGGUUUCGUCAGUGCCCUCAAUUCUGAUGGACCACUUGGUGCCAGAGACAACUGCUAUUUGGCUGGAGAGCCUCGUCUUGUUUACCUGCCUCCAGGAACUUAUACCAUCGGAAGCACCAUUUACCUUAACACUGACACCAUCAUCAUUGGUGACGCUGCCAACCCCCCCACCAUCAAGGCGGCUGCCAACUUCAACGGCAACUACCUCAUCGUCGGUGGUCAGGGUGAUGGUUCCUACCACCCUUGUAAUGACUCUGGUGGUGAAGACCACUUCUCCGUCAUGAUCAAGAACGUCAUUCUGGACACCACUGCCGUCACUAGCCAAAGCGGUUUCGUCGGCCUGAGCUGGUCCGUUGCCCAGAACUGCGCCUUGGUCAAUGUCAAGAUUAACAUGCCCCAGGGCAUUCACACUGGUCUGCUCGUCAAUCCAGGAUCUACCAUAUCCGUCUCCGACGUCCACUUCAGCUUCGGUAACAUUGGAUUGCACUGGAAUGGCAACCAGCAGGGUCAGGUCAAGGGCAUGACUUUCACUGACUGCACCAACGGUAUCUUCAUUGACAACGGCAACACCAUCAGCAUCUUCGCCCCUACUUGCAACACCGUCGGCCGCUGCAUUGUCCUCAACUCCGGAAACCCCUGGGUCGCUGUCAUCGAUGGUGUCAGCCAGAACUCUGGUGAUUUCUUCACCAGUAUCCCCAGCUACCCCAACUUCAUGAUUGAGAACAUUUCCAAGGACACCACCAACACUAACAUGGUCACCGUUGGCGGUGCCGUCAAGGUUGGUGGCGUUACCAGCAUCGGAACCUACGUCUGGGGCAACACUCGUGGCACCAACCCCAUCUACGUGACCAACCCGACUGCUCAAGCUGUGAACAGGCCCGCAGCGCUUGCUCCUGGCGGCAGAUAUCCCGUGAUCAACGCCCCUCAGUAUGCCGACAAGACCGUUGCCAACGUUGUCAACUUGAAGGAUCCCAACCAGAACGGCGGACACACCCUACAGGGCGAUGGCUUCACCGAUGACACAGCUGCUCUGCAGGCUGCUCUCAACACCGCUGCCAGCCAGGGCAAGAUUGCCUACCUGCCCUUCGGUAUCUACAUUGUCAAGUCGACCAUCACCAUCCCUCCCGGAACUGAGCUGUACGGUGAGGCCUGGUCUACCAUUUCCGGAUCUGGCAGCGCCUUUGCUUCCGAGUCCAACCCAACCCCCGUUGUCCAGAUCGGCAGCACCCCCGGCCAGAAGGGCGUCGCUCACGUCCAGGACAUUCGAUUCACCGUCAACGAGCCUCUGGCCGGUGCCAUUCUGCUCAGAAUCAACAUGGCCGGUAACAACCCCGGUGAUGUCGCUGUUUUCAACUCUCUCAACACCAUUGGUGGCACCCGUGACACGUCCAUCAACUGCAGCAACGAGGACAGCUGCAAGGCCGCCUACCUUGGUCUCCACCUUGCUGCUGGUUCUUCCGCCUACAUCGACAACUUCUGGUCUUGGGUCGCUGACCACGCCACUGACGGGAGCGGCAAGGGCAUCCGAAGCGCCGUCAAGGGUGGUGUCCUCGUCGAGGCGACUGCCGGUACCUGGUUGACGGGUCUUGGAUCCGAGCACAACUGGCUCUUCCAGAUGAGCUUCCACAACGCCGCCAACGUCCUCAUCACCCUCUUCCAGAGCGAGACCAACUACCACCAGGGCAACAACGGCGCUGACCUCGUCGGCGCGCCCUUCAAUGCCAUUGCCUCUGACCCCAACUUUUCGUGGUGCAGCGGCGGUGACACUGUUUGCCGCAUGGGUCUUGCUCAGUACUACACUGGUAGCAACAGCAAUAUCUACCACUACGCCUCUGGUAGCUGGAACUUCAACGGCUUGACCCACGUUGACCAAGGCAUCAUGAACUAUAUCCAGACUGCUGUGACCAACUCUAAGCUUUUCGGCUUCACCGCCGGACCCAAUGUCGCAGAGACCGUGAGACUGCCCAACGGCGCAGAGUUUGGCAACGGUGGCAAUGACGGAUAUGGUGGAUCUUGGCAGACUCUGAUUGCCAACAUUGCCAGCCAGUCUUAA